UCAACCUAGAAAGAUCAUCUUUGUGCCGCUGCACCACCCUUGAGGACGGUCACCACUAGGAGCAAAUGGCCAGAACUCCGCUGCUGUUUCUGCUCAGUCUGGGUCUCGGCUGCUGUGGGAUCCAGGGCCAGAAGUACAAGAUGACAGCCAGGUUUCGGGACAGCAAGAUCACACACCCCAUUCUGGGGCAGCGGCUGGAGCUGGAGUGUCUGCCUACCGAGAGGGACAGUGGGGUAUCCUGGAUGCGCCAGGACAAGGAUGGCACCCUUCACUUCAUCGUGUUCAUUUCUUCCCUGUCUCGGACGACCUUUAUAGGGAACAUGGGAACAUCUGCACGCUUUCAGGCAAUGAGAGACAGCAGCUUCUACCGACUGGUCAUAAAGUCUUUCUCGGUGCAGGACCAGGGAAAUUAUUUCUGCCUCAUUAACAGCAACCAAAUGCUGCAUUUCAGCAACGGCCAGCCUGCCUUCAUCCCAGUCCCAACCACAAAGGCACCCACCACAGCUGCACCCACCACCCAGGGCAGCCUCACCAAGACAGAGACCUGCCUAAAGACGCCCGCACCAGAGACAAGCAAGCAGAAAGGACUGAAUUUCUUCUGUGACAUUUUCAUCUGGGUUCCCUUGGCUUGCGGCUGUCUUCUCCUCCUCACUGCCCUGGUGAUCACCAUCACUCUGUGUCAAAAAACCAGAAGGCGAAGAUGCAGAUGCAAAAGAUCUGCAAACGGGAAGCCCAACGUCAAGCCCAACGUCAAGCCCAGCAUGCCAAACCAACAUAUAUAAGUUGCUUCUGGAUUGUCUUCAGGGAGCCGUCACUGCGUAAGCCCGUCACCUACGUUACCCACACUGCUAACACUUCUCACGUGCUCUCUCCCGUCAAAUUUGAAAAGACGAGAGUUCAGAAGGAGCAGAGAGACGUGGAGAGCUAGCAGGCACCUCCUCUGUGAGCCGCAUGCUAAAACACAGCUCCUUCCAAAUCUUGCUCGAGUUUCUCAAACCGGUUCCUAAUACCAAAUUCCACCUUUAUUCCCAGGGACAGAGCCCUGUGGUUCAGGCAGAAACAGGUUGAUGCUGACGCUGCCACACAUCCGUGCUAACUCAAUGAGAAACAGGGGCAUUGGCAGGACCUUUGCUCCAGGAAAUGCAACGAUCCUUUCUAAAAGGCAGCAAAAAGUUGAAUUUGCCACCAGAAUGGCUUAGAAAUAAAAGCCCUCCCUUAACACGCCCUCUUUUCGUGGUGCCAUGCAUCUCCUGGAGUUUUUACUGUUUCAUCUAGCAUAAUACAUGGCUGCACUAAGAAGGUGAAUGCUGACUAAAAGGCCUUACUGUUAUUACAGUCCAGGUGGCUGAAGUUUACUGUUUCCCUCUUGCUACCCUUGUUCAGCUGCUAGCCCCACUUCCACUUGUUUUGGCAGGAGUUUUCCCUGAGCAAGGAAAGUGGGAUUCUCUUUCUUUCCUGGAAGCAACGACUGAGCAGUGAAAAUAUCUGUGCCACUUGCUUUGGUUAAGCAGGAUUUUUAGCAUACCGACUUAGGGCAUGCUGAUAUGACAAGAAUGAGAUUUGUGU